GAUGCAACCAGAAUGUCAACAACAUGCCGCCGCCAGAAUCGUUAGCAAGAAAAGAUACCGGAGACGGUAGGACUGACAGACAACAAAGACAUGAAGCUAAGCAGUCAUCCAGCAACAUCGUCUCCUUAAUAGCUCAAUUUGCAGACGAUCAUUUAACUCUUGUACGGAAUCUAAGCACUGGGAUAGCUGUGGCUGGUGUGAUUAUAAUUGCCAGAAGUAUAAAACUGGUGACCAAGUUUCAUUCAGUUUCUCAGAUUCCCCUGCAUUUUGUGGAGCGGAAUGUCACUCUUUACGGGAAGGUCCGUUCGGUUACAGAGACAGGUCUUACAGUGGAGCAUGUCCCAGUCUAUUUGCCUGUCAUCUCUUCAUUACUUCACAAAAAGCAUAAUAUGUGUCCAAGUCCAUUGCAGGUACAUCUUGCUGGAGUAGAGCUCACUCCAGAAGGCAGGCAAUGGCUACAAGAAAACUUGCUUCCUGCUAAAAUGGUUUGGAUCAAAUUAAUCAGCCGAGAAGAUGACAUAAUUUAUUGCCUCGUGUCCCAAAACAAGGGGGUGGUGUGGACCUACUGUAUCAACGAGGAGCUCCUCAGACAAGGUUUGGCUCGCACUGCUCCCAUCACAGGGCUUCUUCCUGACUCCUGGCUUUACUGGCAACUGCACAGGCGACUGCACAGGGCAGAGGUCAAAGCAGAGAGAAAGAACCGGGGCCUGUGGAAGGAGGACAGCUUCUGGGAACGAGUAAAGAAAGCACUGAGGGAAAACAAAAUCUUCAGUCUGAUCAGGAGAGUUUUUACCAAGACGUGAGGACUAAUCGAGUUAUGAUGAAGUAUGCAAAGACAUGUCCAUCCUUGAACUAACUAUGCUUUUGCACAUUCAUCCAGAGAUUAAAUUAAAUAUUUCAAUCACUUAUCAAUCAUUUCUGCCAUUUUAAAUAAACUGAC